UUAUUUUGAUUUUUCAUAUAAAGUGAGAUUUUACAAGAAAUUGAAAAAAUAAUAAAUUAGUGUAUAUCGUUUGUGUAAUUGAAUGUUUUUGUUAUUCAAAUAAUUGUUAAUAAAGUGUUUUAUCAUGGCCUGUAUUGAUUUUAAGGAAGUGCUUGCAGAUUCGCCUAGUUUUAGAUUCAAGCUAGAGCAAGAAGAGGAGAGUAUUGAAAGUUUAGAGCAAAAAUUGGAUAAAAUUCUUAAAUAUGCGACGUCUUCUUGCGAUUCAGGACGUACAUUUAUCGUAAAUCAGAGUGCAUUUGCGACAUCGUUAUGGGAACUUCAAAAGCAUUUUCCAGACGACAAAGAUGCUCUGACAAAAAUCAUUCAUUGUCUUCAAGAAAUGAAUAAAUUCCAUAACAUUCUCCUCGAACAAUGCUCGAAGACAGUCCUAAAAAAUAUUUCAAAUUUUAUUAAAAAAGACAUUCGAGAAGUUAAGGACUAUAAGCAAAUAUUCAUGAAAGUCUCAGAAAAUUUCGAUGGUGCAUUAAACAAGAACUCACAAGUAAAUAAGAGUCGUCCACAAGAGAUUGUUGAAGCUGAGAAUUAUGUGUGCUCGACAAAAUCACAAUUUCAACAUUCAGCACUUGACUAUGUCAAUUAUAUCACAUUAUUACAGCGUAAAAAAAGACCAGAAAUUCUAUCAACUCUUUUGAGUUAUGUAUCUGCAUGUUCUACGUACUUUCAUCAAGGCAGUGAUUUAUGUCAAGAUUAUGAUACUUAUUUAUUCAAGGAAUUGGAUGAAGAAGUUAAUAGCAUGAGAGCUGAUUAUGCGGUACUAGAGAAGGAGAUGCAAAAGCGACAUAAUUAUGUAAAUGGAUAUUCAAAGGAAGAAAAGAAUAAGGAUGGAGAUGACUCGAAAGGUGCUGUGAAACAAAUGGAAGGAUAUUUAUUUAAAAGGACAUCAAAUGCAUUUAAGACAUGGAAUAGACGAUGGUUCUACAUGAAAGAUAACAAGCUUUAUUAUCGAAAGCGUUCGGGUGAAGAACUGCCGACAGUUAUGGAAGAUGACUUAAAGUUAUGUGCUGUCAGGCCAUUAUUUGAUGCCGAUCGGAGAUUCUGCUUUGAAGUCAUUUCGCCGACUAAAAAUCAUAUCCUUCAAGCUGAUACUGAGACACACUAUCAAGACUGGAUACAGGCGCUUCAAUCAGCAAUUGGUAAUGCUAUACAGAAUAACAGCAGAUACUCUCAACAUAUGUGUGCUAGUACUUCCAGUAUAUCAAGUUCUUCUUCAGCUACGACACCAUCGUCGAGUAAAACCAAAGAAAAGAGAAUAAAUUGGAAGCAAAUGCUCUUGAUUCCAGGAAAUAUGAGAUGUGCUGACUGUGGAAAUAACGAUCCAAAAUGGGCGUCUAUAAAUUUGGGCAUUACAUUAUGCAUAGCAUGUUCAGGAGUUCAUAGAUCAUUAGGCGUACACUACUCAAAGGUUCGAAGUCUUACAUUAGACGUUUGGGAGCCAGAAAUUCUUCGCGUCAUGACCGAAUUGGGAAAUGAAGUUGUUAAUAAGAUUUAUGAGGCGACAUACGAUGAAAUUUUGAGUGAUAUUGAGCGAGCUACUGAAAAUUGUGAUGAUGAAGUUAGAAAGAAAUGGAUUUAUGCGAAAUACGUUGACAGGAAAUUUGUUCUUCCAUUAACGGAACAAAAAACUGAAUUACUUCCACCAAAUUUACUACCAUCACCAAGUAAAUGGAGCGUCAAAAAGAACCGACGUCGUACUUCAAGAAGAAGUACGCAUAAUAAUAAUAAUGACACGAAAAUAACAACAAAGGAACACGACAACAGCGAGGAUGAAAAAGAGAUUAAUGAAGGCAUUUUAAUGUUGGGUGAUAAAUUAUUGGAUACAAGUAUGCCAGUCGCAUGUAAUUUAUUCUCGAAUUCUGAUCAAGAGUCGACAAGCGGUGAAGAGGAUGUUCUUGAUGAAGAAGAUAUUGAUAAACUCAAUCCAAAUUAUGUGUUAUAUAAAGCAUCGAUAGCUCACAAUCUUCCAGUCAUGUGUCAAGCUAUGAGUUUGGGCGCUGACAAGAAUUGGAUUAAUCCUGAAAUCUUUGAAAGAACACCAUUACAUCAAGCUGUUAUUGUGGGCUCGUUAAUGACCUGCGAAUUUUUAAUAAUGAAUGGUGCGAAUAUAAACUGUGUUGAUCGAAGAAAUUACACACCAUUACAUCUCUCAAUUGAAAUGGGAAAUACGGCAUUGGCAUAUUUACUUUUAAAACACAAAGCCAAAUAUGAUAUACAAACAGUUGAUGGAAAAUUGCCAAUCGAUUUUGCUGUACAAACUGCGAAUGCUGACGUUGUAACGUUGCUCCGGUUACAUCAACUUAAUGAUGAAAUUGGAGGAACUGAAGAUAGUGAGCCAGGCGGAGAUUCAACAUACAAUGAUGUUAUGCGUGAUUUUUCACAUCUAGCAAACAAUUUGAGAUUACGAAGUAAUAAACGCGACGGAGGUGGCAGUUCAUCCUCAUCAUCAAUCACAAACAACAUGGACAAUAUAUCAAUGGAAUAAAGUAAUCAGGAUCUCUAAUUAAAUCAAUUGCAUUAAAUUUCUCUUGUUGUUUUUACCAUAUUUGAAUCUCACAUCACAUCAAUCAACUGUUAUUAUUGUGGACCUUUUUAAUCAAAGAUACAUACAUUCAAGACAUAUUUUAGAAGAGUUUACCCAAGAGAAAAAAAAAAGAAAUUUUAUGACAGUUUUAAGUCAUAUUCAUAUUCCAAAUGUUUAUUCAUACAUUAUUUUUUGUUAAAUGCACGAUUUCUUAUUAUAAUUUGUUUUAUCUCAUAACAUUAAAGUUAACAAAUUAAUCAUGUCACAUUACUUUUUAUUGCAACACUUAAAAAGUGAACCUUAAUUGUUCACGUGAUGAAGCUUCCAUGGAAAAUUGAAAACUUUUUGCUCAUAAGUUUCUUAUUAGGCGUUAGUUUCUCAUGAUUGUUUUGAAAUAUCCCUGGAAUUUCCAGUCUGGAAAUAUCACUUAAUUUUCUUAAUUAAAUAGCAAUCAAAUAAAUAUACCGGAUAAUCAUCAUAAAAAAUUAAUUAUGAGUAUUAUUGACAAUUACUUACUAAAUAGCUAGUGGGUUAGCUAGUACCAAAUCUAAAAUCCUAUAGACGAUCUUAAAAAGCGAUUUUUCAUAUUUAAAAGAUUUUAGGCUGUGUUUUUCAUUAAAAGUACAGCUAUAAAACCUUAAAAAAAUGAUACUUAUAACUAUCAUAAUAAAAUAUUCACAACCAUUCAUUCCAUGUUAAGAAAAUUUUGGGUUUGAAAAUUGAUAAAAAAAUUAAUCACAGAAUUUUUUAUGAUUUAUGAGAGCUUUAUCUUGAUUUGCUGCUUGUAAACCACCAGAAACUUGAGGCUAUAAACUCGUAAAUUGUAAUUAUUCGUUUUUUCUUUUGUUCAAAUUUCAAGCCACCAAAAAAGGCAUUUUUUAUUUCUUUCAAGAUAUCUUUAAGAUAUUUAAGUUUUGUUUUCACUUCUCUUAUUAAAACAUAUUUGUUAAGCUUAAAAAAAUAUUCAAAAUAUUUUGUUGGACAUUAUUGAUGCGGGAAGAAGGUAUCUAGAAAGUAUUGCUAGAAAAAAUAUCAAUUCAAGAAUAAAAGAACAUUCAUUUAAUCAAAAU